AUGCCGCAGAAUACAAGAAAAAGGAAGGCCUACCAAGAAUUUAAGAACUUGAAAAAGAAGUUAGCCAAAUUGGAGGAAGUGCUCUAUAGUAAUUCUUCCUCGGAAACUAGCGAUUCUCAAUCAGAAAGUUCACAGAGUUCACACUCUUCAUCAGCCGACGAACAUGAAGAGGAAGAUGUCGUACCAACUCCGGUUGUUGCUACUCAAGACGGAAUGGUUACGAAAAAAGUUCCGAGUUUUCUCGGAGAAAACCCAGAUUUGUCUACCCAGUUGGGUACAGAGUUACAUGAAGAAUUAGUAGUCCGAUGGUCUAAUUAUCUUAGAGAGGGUGUUUCCUCAGAAAUUAGAAAGGAUCUUGUGAAGAAAUUCCUCAUUCCUUCAAAUUGUCUGGCACUACAGCCACCCAAAAUGAAUGAGGAAAUCAGAUCAGUGUUGCUACAUCAAAUUCAGAAAAAUGAUAAGUUUUUAUCUAGCUUGCAAGAACAGAUGGGAGCAGGUUUGACAGCAAUUGGCCAGAUUUUGAAUUCUAAAAUCAUCUAACCGGAUUCUCCUGUUACAUUAG